UGUAUGCAUUAAUAUUUUCUUAAAUUAUUUUUUCGUGGCAUUCCCCUUCAUGUUGUUUAUUAUGUUUAUAAAUAAAGUUUUUGAAAAAAAGAAUCUUCCGCCAAUAAACUCACGUGACAUCAAGAUUGGUGCAUUCACUAACCUCCGACAUUUACUCUGUUAUGAAUAAAAAGUCAAUCUAAUUAUAUAAAUAAUUAUUAUUAUCUGUAUUUUUUUACACUAACUUUAAGUUUAACUGUGUUCAUUCGUUAUAUUUAUAGUUCCUUUCGCAUUUUCACUAGACGCCGUUUGAGGAGUUGACUGCUUUCUGAGAGGACCUGAAGGCAGCAUGACACAACAGGGAACAACAUGGCGUGUUGUAGAAACUGUUUUUGUUGUCAGUGCUGCUGCAGAGAAGGAGAGACGAGGACGCCAGAAGAGCUAGCUGUUUUAGGUGAAAUCCAAGAUGAAGAAGAUGAAAUUUUGCCCCGGAAAGAUUACGAGAGCUUGGAUUAUGACCGCUGCAUCAAUGAGCCCUAUGUGGAGGUUCUGGAGGGAAUGGACAACAAGAAAUCCAGCAAGUAUGAGGUGGUGCGGUGGAUGAUGGUGUUUGUGAUCGGGGUCACGGUGGGUCUGGUUGGACUAUUUGUGGAUUUCUUUGUGCAUCUCUUCACCAGAAUCAAAUUCUCAGUUGUUGGUAGUUCCAUAGAGAAGUGCACUGACAAAGGCUGUCUGUCUUUAUCUCUGCUUGAACUUCUCUCAUUCAACGUGAUCUUCGUCUUCAUCGCCAGCUUGCUCGUCCUUAUCGAGCCGGUGGCUGCCGGUUCAGGAAUUCCAGAAAUCAAGAGUUACUUGAACGGAAUAAAAAUUCCUGGAAUUGUGCGGCUCCGGACAUUUCUCUGCAAAGCCGCAGGAGUCCUGUUUUCUGUGUCCGGAGGUCUGUUUGUGGGGAAAGAAGGGCCGAUGAUACACAGUGGAGCCAUUGUUGGAGCUGGACUUCCUCAGUUUCAGAGCAUCAGUUUUAAGAGGAUCAAAUUUGAUUUUCCAUACUUCCGCAGUGACAGGGACAAGCGAGACUUUGUUUCGGCUGGAGCUGCUGCUGGAGUCGCUGCUGCAUUCGGAGCUCCAAUAGGGGGCACUCUUUUCAGCCUGGAGGAGGGUUCAUCUUUUUGGAACCAAGCGCUCACCUGGAAAGUGCUCUUCUGCUCCAUGUCGGCCACUUUCACGCUGAACUUCUUUCGCUCUGGGAUCAACUUUAACAAGUGGGGCUCCUUCCAGCUGCCAGGUCUGCUCAACUUUGGGGAGUUCAAGUGUCCAGAUGGAGAUAAGAACUGCCACCUGUGGACGGCAGUGGACUUGGCCUUCUUCGUCCUCAUGGGCGUGGUGGGGGGCCUGCUGGGGGCUCUUUUUAACUGCAUCAACAAGUGUCUGGCCAAGUAUCGCAUCAGACACAUUCAUCCCAAAGCCAAGUUUGUCAGAGUUCUGGAGAGUCUCCUGGUUUCUAUGGUGACAACAGUGGUGAUAUUUGGAGCUUCCAUUCUGCUGGGCGAGUGUCGCGACCUGUACUCUCCGGCAGCACACAACAGCUCGCUGGCCAGCAGUGAAGACAUCAACUCCACCAUCCGCCAGUUCUUCUGCUCCAACAGGACCUACAACGACAUGGCCACAUUGUUCUUCAACCCACAGGAGGCAGCCAUCCACCAGCUCUUCCACCAGGACAGUACCUUCAGCCCUGUGACUCUGUCGGUCUUCUUCCUGCUCUACUUCCUGUUGGCCUGUUGGACUUACGGCGUGUCCGUACCGAGCGGUCUCUUUGUACCGUCACUCCUGUGCGGCGCCGCGUUUGGACGUCUGGUCGCAAACAUUUUAAAAGUGAACAUGGGGCUGGACAUUUACUCCGG